AUACUACGAGCUAAAAAGAACGUAUACCGACUAAACGGCACACAAUUUGGAAUUAUAGUGGUGUCCUCUGUCGAAGCUUCUGCAUAACUAAGGUUAGAUUUGCUCUCUUGCGGGUAACAGCGAAUUCGUUCGAUCGUUAAUGCAAUCGUUAACUGCACGAUUUGGCCGAAAUAAAAAGCGUGGUGGAUUAAAAUAAAAGUAAUUUGUGAAAAACAGUGUAAACAAGCGAGGUGGAGAAAGCAUAUUUGUCGGAAGUACGGUUAGAAUUGCGUUCCUCUGACCGCGCAUGUCGCCACCUAUUGUUGAUCUGACAGGCUCUUGUGUAGUUACGGUGAAAGCGAUUGGAUCUCCUGUACGUUUUGUGAGAAAUUAAAAAGCAAUCAAUUAGUUUCCCUGCUGCAUGAAUCUCAUUGAAACUCAGUCGAGAGAGAUGCGUCGAGCAACAGAUUGUUUUGAGUAGGGAGAAGGAGAAUUUCAUCAGAGAUUUUUGUCUACUUUUCGAGUAGAAGCGUUCGAGGCCAGACAUGGCGGCUAUUUGAUGAACCAAUUGCAGCAGCGCUCUCUUAAAAGAUUAGAUAUUGUAAAUUCCCCUUACAUUCGCGUCAGUGAAUGAUUCUGUACUUAUUUUGGCCGUUACUAAUAGUAAUACAAGUUGUUAUAAUUACGGAAAGGUGAUUGUCGCUCGUCGACAAGAAACUAGAAGCCACGCAAGAUCGUACCGAAACGUUGAUCAUGAAACAAUUGUGUUUGGUCACGUGACCAUAGCCGAAAAAUGGCGCAAAGAUCAGAGUACAAACAUGAGUUCCAUUUUAUUGCUACGGUGUCAUUUGUAUUUGUUUACAAACGCGCGUUUUCAUAAACCACGUGUUAAGUAAGUGCCAUUUCGUUGACAGUGUGUAAGGAACAAUGACGGGGAGAGGAUCGAAGAGACGGGGCCGACCCCCCAAAUCGGUGGUCAUGGAAAGGCCCAAGAAGUUUCAAUAUCAUCUUAUGAAGAAGCCGAAAUACUUACAAAACAAGGGCUCGGAAACACCGAAUUCACAGCCAAGCACACCGACACCUUCGAGACCAUCGUCACCGGUCGAAAGCGAGGAGAGCAGACGAAGUACGCGAAUUCGAAAAUCCCGUGGACCCAGAGACAGACACUCGCGAAAAGGUGGUCACUCAAGUUCCGGUGCAUAUCAACGCCGAGGUUACAAUCCAAACGUCGACUAUCACGAUUCUGAAUAUCAUUACGGAUCAGAUUUCGGAGACGAGUCUAGUGAAAAAAGUGAAGUUGAAGAAGAUCUUCUACAAAGCGAUGUGGAUUCAUCUGAAAGUAUAGAAGAGCCUGACCCUUCCAGUGACAGUGACUUUUCUCUCUCCAGUUAUAGCACUACUAGCGGCACACCCCGUAAAACAUUGCUUAGCCAGCAAAGGCCACCAAGUCCAGAACCGUUGUGGCUUCAAAACAGAGAACUGCCACAGUUAAAUUUACCUAAAUCAUCUGAUGAUCUAUUAGUCCCUAGAGAACUUGUUAUGCCAUGUUUAUCUAUUUAUGAAGUAUUGAGACACUUUCGCACUCUAGUACGUCUUUCAGCCUUUAGAUUCGAAGAUUUUUGUGCCGCAUUGAUAUGUGAGGAUCAAACCAAUUUGUUGGCCGAGAUACAUAUUAUGCUCAUUAAAGCACUUCUUAGAGAAGAAGAUUCUCAGCAAACGCACUUUGGUCCUCUGGAUCAAAAAGACUCUGUCAAUGUUAGCUUAUAUUUUGUGGAUUCAAUGACUUGGUCUGAAGCGUUACGCUCUUACGUAGAAAGUGACAAGUCGUUCGAUCAGAAUAUUUUACACAUUUUAUCAACAUGCGAAUAUCCUUUUACUUCUGUUGAAGAUAGACUCAAGGUGCUACAAUUUUUAACUGAUCAAUUUUUAAUCACAAAUCCAGUAAGAGAAGACCUGCUGCACGAAGGUACACUAAAUGGAAAUAUGCAUUAUGAUGAUCACUGUAGAGUGUGUCAUCGUCUGGGAGAUCUAUUAUGUUGUGAGACUUGUCCAGCAGUGUUUCACUUGGAAUGUGUUGAACCUCCAUUGGUAGAUGUUCCUACUGAAGACUGGCAAUGCAGUACAUGCAAAGCUCACAAAGUUACAGGAGUUGCUGAUUGUAUACCUGAUGUUGAAAAGAACGGUUCGUUAUGUCGUCAAGAACAUUUAGGAUUUGAUAGAUAUGGCAGAAAAUAUUGGUUUCUUGCAAGAAGAAUUUUUGUUGAAAGUGAAGAUGGAGAAGUUUGGUAUUAUAGCACAUCUUUACAAUUAGAAGAAUUAAUGCUUUGUUUAGAUCGUAAUGAAAUGGAAGUUGCACUUUAUAGAGAAUUAUCAGAUUAUAAGGAUGAAAUUGUAAGGCAAAUGGAACUUACCGAACAGAUUACUAAUCAAUACAAGGGUAAUAAGAAAUCAUAUCUAGAAGUAGAAAACAGUCUUAUACAAAAAUUACAGAAAGAACGCCAAGAGAAACAAGAAAAAGAAGAAGAAGAGAAGAAAGAAAAACAAAGACAACAAGCUGAGGAGAUGGUACGCAGAAUUCAUGAAGGCACAGAUUCUUUAGAAGAACAAUUAGCAGCUGUCACUGAACAACAGGAAACAAAAUCACCUGAAGAGUCAAAUGUAAAAGAAAAUACUCAAAAACUAAACACGGAAAAUAUGGAAACAGAUAGCGUAGAAACUAAUUUAACAGAUGGAGUAAAUAAAGAUGUCAAAGCUAGUACAUCAUCAUCAUCAUCUGAAGAAAUUGACGAAGAAAUGUUAGAAGGAGAAGAGGGUAUUUCAAAAAUUGGUAAAGAUGGAAAAAAACAUACUAUUGUAACGAGGUCAAAAACAGGGUCUUUACAACCUAGAACAUUUAACAUGGAUGACUUAAAGAAACGUACUAGUGGACAGUUGUCAAAGGAAGAGUUAGAAAAACUAGACAAAAGUUUAAAAGAGGAAGGGGAUGGUACUAGAUUAACAAGACAAAAGGCUCAUCAAAUAGCUUCGGGUACCCAUCUUUUUAAGUUGGGAAUGGAUAAUAACUUCAAAUCAUAUGUGAAUCAAUACAGUACUAAUCCUAUUGCUUUGAAUAAGGCCCAACGUAACGAAGAACGUGAUAAAAAAAGGCAUUUGUCACAUAAAUUUUCUCUUACACAGGCUUCAGAAUUUAAAUGGGUAGGGAGUUUGACAGGAACACGAGCUCUUUUAGUGAGCACACUUCGUCAGACAAUUCUUCAACUUGAAAGUAGCAUUCAGUCAUCAUUUAUGCAUACUAAUUGGCCUCUUUUGCGCAAACCUUGGACUACAGCAGUAGGUGCUUGUGUCAAUCCGAGAGAUUUUGCGCGUGCUCUUAUUGUAUUACAAGCGUGUAUUAAAUCGGUAGUGUUUGCUAGUGUAUGGCACGAUCAACUCGGACACGUGAAAUUACAAAGAGUAACAGCUCUUGAACGAGAGGAGAAGAAACGUCAGGAUAAGAAAGACAAAAAGGAAAGAGAAGAUGAAGAAGAACGUAAUCGUCUCUUUAACUUCGUCAAAUAUACAUUAGGUUUGAAACAUCAAGUCUGGAAACAAAAGGGAGAGGAAUAUCGAGUACACGGACAAGGCGGAUGGCUGUGGGUAUCUGCUAGUCGUCGCUACAAAUGUUCUGAUAUGUUAAAGUUAGGUCUUCGAAUAGGCCCGCAAAAAAUAAUGGUACAAAUUAAAGAUCAAGAAGGACUAAAAAUAUUGGCUUUAGAUCCUCCUACGUAUGACUUCCUGAUAAAGGAAUAUUGUUCUUCUAAAAAAGAAGAGAAUAAUAUAGACAUUAAAAUAAAAGAAGAAGACUCAUCAAUGGAUAUAUCGGAUGAUACAUGUAUAAAACAAGAGUGUAAGGAAGAAGAUAUAAAAAAAGAAUCGAUUGAAGAUAAACAAAGUAAAAUGGAAGUAGAUACAAAAAAUACAGAAGAGAAAACAUUUUAGCUGGUAUGAAAAUCGAAAAAGUUUAUACACCUAUCAAAGAAUUUGAAGAAAUCGAUAUUACUAAGGCUCUAACGACUAACGGGAGGCUUCAUUAUCCAAAAAUUGCUAAGAAGACUAGAAUUGACGAUUUUUUGGCACGUAGAACACAUUUGAAACUUUUAGAAGAAAGGAGAUUACUACAGAGCGAGAAAUCGAAAGAGUUAAAUCAAUCGACAAAUCAAAAAGCAGAUGGAGAUUCCGAAAUUGAUAUAGAAAAUAACGAAGAAAGUGAUACAGAUGGAGCUGACAAUUCUUUACAUAGUAUUCUUACUGGAAAACAACCUAAAACUAUAUCUACAUCAGCUAGAGAAAUGCUGACUGUAAUAGGAAAGCGUAUUCAACACGUUAAAGCUCAAUAUGCCCAAAUAAUGAGAUUUAGUAAAAAUGGUAGUUGUUAUUCGCGAUAUUGUAAUAUGACUGCACCUCCAGGAAAGAUCACAACAACAACACAAAGUUUAACAUCUACUUGUUAUUCUCCUAUAUGCCUUCAAAAAGCAAGACUAAAACUCGAUCUUAUUGCGUUGUUAAGAAAAGCUAACGCUUUAAAUAAUAAUCAAUCAACAUCGAAUUUAUCAGUUGGAGCAACUGCAGUACAAUUACCACAAACAAGUUCAAAGGCAGAUGGGAGUGAUGAAGCUAGAGAUGCAAUUAGGAAGGAUUUAGAAUCCGCGGUAGCAUCUGCAACUCAUUGUACGGAAGAAACACCGGCUACGAAUGUAAUAAAAGACACUGCUUCACCGCUUACUAAAAAAAUAAAAAUUGAACUUAAUGCUAGUAAUGACACCAAUUCAGGAAAUGUAGUAACCACAUCUAAUAACAUAGUUACUACCACAACAGUAACUACAACACAACAGACUAUAAAAACAGUUGAUGGCGUUGUACAAAGUAUGCAGGAACGUACAAGUUCUCAAAAUUCAGUUACGUUUUCAUCCGAAAUUAAAACAAGCACAGGACAAAAAACAAUGAUUAUUAAUCGAAGAGGAAGAACAGUUCAAAGAAGUACAAUGGCUAAGGAAUUAAAUGCUGAUGGCACAGAAAGAAUAUAUUCUACUACUUCAACAGAAGGAAAAGUUUAUUUGAAGAAAGUCGCAAUCUCUUUGGCUGACAGAAAAAAGAAGCGCACCCCUGUUAAAUAUCCAUUAUGUUCUACAUUUUGUACCAAAAAUAAACAUCGUAGUAUAUUGUUACUUCCACAACAUGAAUUACGUAAAUUGGCUAGAGUUGGUGGACGAAUACAAGUUCAAGGUUUUCAUCAUAUGGCCAAGGCGAAUAUGUCAGUAUGGCCAUAUCCUUGCCCUAGACCAUUAUUUAAAACUUGUUGGUUAUACAGAACAGUUGGCAUAAAAUCAUUAGCUGCUGCUGCUCUUCAGUUAAGAAUAUUAUGGGCAUGUCUUCGUUGGGACGACAUGGCUGCAAAACCAUUAUCUACGGACGGCAAACAUCAAAUUACAACUGAUACAGAAAUCAUGUCAUUAGAAAUUCUUAAACAUCGUCAUGUUGGACAAUUUUUAGAUAAAACACAGUAUUUACGUAGAAAAAUUGUUAUACCUUUGGAACUUCCAAAACAAGUCAGAGAAGUUACAUCUAUAAGAAGUGGUCUACGAAAAAGAAAACGACCAGAAUCACCACAAAGUACUGAACCACAAGUUACUGAAGAAUGGGUUGAUGAAGAUAAAUUAGAGUUAUGGGAAAUUAAACAGUAUGGUGAUAGGUUAGAGAAGGCUAAUGCCCAGAUUAUUACUAGGAGUCGAUCGGGACAACCACAAUCGGCAGUUGGUUCUAACCGAAAUGCAGGCUCCAAUUCUGGUAUGAGCGAUCAACUUGUUAGUGGCAAAGCAACGCCUGAAGAGAUUAAAGAAAAAAUGGAGCAACAAUUGCGUAUGCAAAGAGCUGCACAUCAACAAAAGAGAGCAUUAGAAACUCUAAAAAGUCCAGCCAAUUCUGGUUCACCUACACAAGUUGUGAAAGUUACAACUAACUCCACUCAUGAUGGCACAGUUAAAUUAGUUUCCAAAGUUGCAAUACCAGCAAAUCCAAACAGUGGAACAAAGUCGCAGCUGACUUCCCUUUUGACAACACCUGCGCAGAAUAAACCUUUUAUCAGUACAAAACCAUCUCUUGGAACAACAAAAGUUGUUCCUGGACCUACGAGCAUUUUACCAAAAACUCAACAGGCUGGAAAUCAACAAUCUCUAAUUAAAGUUUCUGGCCAAACAGGUCCUAUACAACAAAUUCAGCAAAGAGUACAGAUUAUAAGAGGACCGGAUGGGAAGCUCCAAGUUCGAGGUUUGAUGCCUGGUCAACAGUUAGUUCAAAUGCCAGACGGAAAGCUUCAUGUGUUAAAUAAUAGUCAAGCAAUUACUACACUUGCACAAACUGGUGGAACAACCACACAGGCAAAAACUGCUACAACAUCAACUACAGCUAAAGUGGCCACAACAGCUAAUUGUACAACUAAGAAUAGUCCAUCUAAAACAAUAACAAAUACAACGCAACAAGUACAAAGUGCUCAGCAACUACAAACUCAAUCUCAACAAGCAAUUCAACGUUCAUCAGGAACCACUGUAACUAUUGCUACUACACCAACACAACCAACAAAAAAUGCUAUUGUAGUAGCCAAUACUGGACAAAUUGUACAAAGUGCACAAGUCAUAUCUUCCGGUGGGCAAGUUAUUAGUGGAAAUCAAAUUGUAGUUACUAAUGCUAAUUUAGCUCAACAGCUUGCAACAGGUAAAGCUCAAUUAACGACAAUCGGUGGUCAUCAAGUGGUUAUUCGUAGUACCCCGACAGGCAAUCAAAUUGUUCAUUUAAAUUCUACAAACAGUGGUAUUAUUGUGAAAAAUACCGUAACACCGACUAAACAAAUUCCUGUACUACAGUCUACUCAAUCAACAGCCACAACUACAACAGGAGCACAAUCAACUGAUACAACAAAUAAUAGUAUUAGCAGUAAUACAUCGACAAAUGUGACAUCGACUACUACUACAACUACAACAAAUCAAACUUCCAAUGCUCCGCCACCUGGAAGCGUAGAAGCAUCUUUAUUAGUCGGCCAACCACCUGGGACUGUUAUUAAAUGCGUUACUGCUCAAGUUAUACAAACUAUUCAAGGGCCUCGUAUAGUUUUACAAGGUUUACAAGGUGCGGAUUUUACUCCGCAGCAACUUGUAAUGGUACAACAACAAGUUAAACAACAAUUGCUUAAAGCCCAAGCUGCAACAGGAAAACAAGGAGUUUUAGGACCUACUAAAAUAUAUUUAGCUGUUCAACCUGCACCUAGUAGCCAACAAUCUAUUCAGAGUUCUACAGCAGCAAAUACUCCUGCUACACCAGCAACAAAACCACAAAUUGCACAACAACCAGUUGUUUCGCCACCAGCAGCAACUGAACCUCAAACGGGAACUGAAAGCAUUCCAGAGCUUCCAUCAACAGCAACUUCAAGUUCUCCUGAAAAACCGAAAGUAGUAGUUCAACAAGUUGCACAACCUAGUGUAACUACAGAAGAGGAAUCGCAAAAAACGAAUGUAGCUAAUGGUCAGCAACCUUUGCAAUCUUUAAAAGAAGGAAACGAUUCCUCGGCUAACAAAUUUAUUUUAACGCCUGAUUACAUACAACAAACUAUCAAGAAUGCAUUGAAACAAGAAAACCUUAAUCCUGAAAUAGAAGAAAAGCUGCUACAAUUGCAACGAUAUCAAGAGAAACAGAUGAAAGGGGGUGUUGAAAAUUCAACAACUAAUAAUCAAACUCAUACUACGCCUACGAUUACGACUCCACGCGUUCCAUCUCGUAAAAAACCAGCACCUUCUAACAUUCCAACAACGACUUCAUCUACAAACGUACAAUCCAUAACAAACGACAAAGAUACAGAUUGGGAAACACCCAGGAAGAAAAUUGCAUUAAAACAAGAAAAUCGUGAAACUCCAAAAGUACAAAAGGUUGAACCUCUAGACAAUGAAUCGACCCCACAGAAAAGAGCAGCAAAGCUAAAAGACAGUCAAGAACAACGGAGAAAGCAACAAGUUCAUUCACGAAUGCAGGUUUUGUUAUUUAGACAUAAAGAAUUACUUAAAAAGGAUAUUUUAAAGAAAAGGGCACUACUUGAAAAAGAAUUACAAAUAGACAUUCAGAAAGAUUUAUCGGCAGAAUUAGCUUCGAGAACCAAGGCUGAAAGGCACAAACAAGAUGAGGUAAAAGUAGGAAGUGCGAAACGUAAAGCAAAUGCUCAAAUGGCUCAGCAAGUUAGUCCGCCUAAUAGAGGUGGAAGGCCAAAAAAGUAUAAAGCUCAAGGAAACAAUACUACACCACCGGGUGCUUCAACUGCUGCCGCCACGAAUAAAAUCAAAAAAGAGAAGUUAUAUUGUUUAUGCAGAACGCCAUAUGAUGAAACUAAAUUUUACGUGGGAUGUGAUCUUUGUAACAAUUGGUUCCAUGGAGAUUGUGUUGGAAUUACAGAAGAAAUGUGUAAAACACUUUCAGAGUUUGUUUGUACAGAAUGUAGACAUGCAAGAGAUACACAGGAAUUAUAUUGUUUAUGUAAACAGCCUUAUGACGAAUCUCAAUUUUAUAUUUGUUGCGACAAAUGUCAAGAUUGGUUCCAUGGUCGAUGCGUCGGUAUUCUACAAUCGGAAGCAGAUAAUAUCGAUGAAUAUGUUUGUCCAAAUUGUCAACGAAACUCUUCUGUUAAUUUUGCUAAUAUGAAAAAUCUUAAUGCAAAGGAUCUCGAUCUUUUGAAGAAAUUAAUUAAACAAAUACAGAUCUGCAAACUAUAGAAUUGAGGAUAAAUGACAGAUCUUACAAGAAGUUAAGUGAAUUUAUUGGAGAUAUGACAAAGAUAUUUGACAAUUGUCGUUAUUAUAAUCCGAAGGAAUCACCUUUCUUUAAAUGUGCAGAAUCCUUAGAAACUUAUUUUGUUCACAAGAUCAAAAGUUUGAGAGAAAAAUUCUCUGAAGGAAAGUAAGCAAUCAAAUAAAGAAAAAACAGAAAAACUGUAACUAUAAACGAGUGGAAGUGCUAAGCAUCAAACAUCAUGGUUUAACUUGUGUAACAACAGAAAUAAUCUGUGCCAGUAGAAAAGAAACAUUCGAAGUAGCCAUAAGUAUAUAAGAGUAGUUUGUAUAAGUUCACUAUUUAUUAGAAUUGUGUGAACAUUUCAUUUGCUUUCUCAAAAAACAAGUUCUAUUUGAAUCGUACAAUGAAUUUUGAACCGAAACUUGUAACAUUUUAUCUUUAAAAAUGUCUUGUUUAGGUACAGUAACAUUAACAAUUAUUCAACGAGUUUCUUCAUUACAUCAAAAGCAUCAUUUAUUGUAAGACUAUACAGCACGUUUAAAUUAGAAAUAAUAUUGAUAUAUUAUAUAUAUAAUUAUAUAUAAUAUAUUAUUUAUAAUUUUCAUUGUUUAUUUAUAUAUGACAAUAAAAUAUUAGUUUCUUAAAUGGUGCUUGUAUACAUUUCUUUAACAAAAUGAAAUGGUAAAUAUUUAAUGUAGAAACGUUAGGAAGGUAUUAACUCAAAUGUGAAUCAGAAAAUUCAAACACUAUAAAAUAAGUAAUAAUGUAUAUUAACUAAAAUGUGCAAUACAUGUUUAUUUAUUGUAUUUUGUAUAUGAAAAAAAUGAAAAAAGCUUUUUAUUGAUUAUCAUAAGUUGUGGUUCAGAAUUCAUAUACUCUUCACAAGCGUCAUUAUUUAUGUACACUUAUCAAAUACGUGUAAUAAUGCAUGUUACAAGAAUAAUUAUAAAUAUAUCAAAUCAGUGCCACUGAGCGUUUAGAAUGGUGAAUUUUUAGUAACCCAAUGCAAUGUGUUUUGCGAAAUUAAAAAAAAUAAGAAGAAAAUGAAAAGUCAUUAGAAAGUUCAUUAUCAUUUAAUAAAGAGGAAGAAAAUGGUCCAAUCGCUGUCAUUGUUUCACCUAAUAAAAAGUAAAACAAGUUUUCUCUCAUCAUAAACAUAGUCAGCGCAUAAUAAAUUGUACAAAUUUGUUUAUUGUGCUCACAAGUAAUUAUUAUUAUUAUGUUGUUUUAUCAUAUAAAUUUUCUAUAAAAUUGUUUAUAAGUAACAUUUACGAUGUUAGUUGAUAAGGAGUAAGCGGAUGUCUGCUGUUGUAUAUAUCUAAGUAGAAAUGUCUAUAAAAAUAGACUUUAGUAUCAUCCUUCUCAUGUGAUGAGGAUACAAGGAAACGAAGUCAUUUAAAUGCAAAAAAAUUUAAUGAAUUUAAUGAAAAUAUUGUUUAUAUUUUAGCUAUUAA